UGUGUAAGGGCUCCGGAAUCUUGGAAGCCAUUUAUCUCAAACACUUGGCCAGUGCUCUUUUCACACUAUUGUGAGGCUGCGCUCUGGAGAAGACAGGAUUCCUCUGAGCUCAACCUCAGCCUCCUCAGAGACUGCUCCAAGCCAACAAGACCAGCAAAGGAGGGUCAGAGGAAAAGACUGUGCAUGGAAGGGAAGACAGAGGUGUCCUCCAGGCAGAAAGAUCCAUGGAAAGAGGCACAGGAGAGUGGCUUUUGCCUGGCAAAGAAAGCUCCUCGGAACAGGAGCCCUCUGGCCUCCAGUUCUGCCUCUCUGGAGGCUGUGCCUGAGCAGAGAACCAGGAGGAGAGGCCAGAAGAGGAAGAGAUUGAUGGACAUCGAGGCAGCUGCCCAGGAGAGCAGCCCCCCAGCCUCCAAUUCCACCUCCUCAGAAGCUGUCUCCGAGCUGAAGUCCUGGAAUAAGAGAGGGCAGAAGAGGACCAUGUGGACUGUCAAUCACGUUGAGGGAACAAAACUCAGGAUGAACAAGAGGAGAAGACCCAGUUACCGUCCUGAAGACCAAGAAGCAUUCUACCGACUUCUGGAGGAUCCUGUUAUCCAGAGCUUUCUGGAAGCUGACAUUUUCCUCAAAGUGUCUGACAAGUACCUGCUUUCCAUGGUGGUGGAGUACUUCGGCCGCGUGGGGCUGCCCGGACACCUCUACAACAGGAUCCACUUCUUCCUGGCCCUCUACAUCGCCUCUGACAUGGAGGAGGACAACCCCACCUCCAAGCGGAGCAUCUUCCAGUUCCUGUUGGGCAGGGAUCACUGGCCAGACCUCUACAAGGAGUUCCUGCAGCUGAAGAUGGAGUUCUUCUACGCAAUGGGGCUGCAAGCCUGGGUCACCCCGGAGUUGUGCGAGGAGAUCCAGGCCCAGAACCCACACCACUGGGUUUGGAGUCGAACGCGCCAGUGCACCCCCUAGGGUCCCGGGGAAUGGAUCGGGGGCUGCAGGUGGUCCAGGUAAACUCUUCGAAAUGCUGAUGUAAGUAAUGAAAACCUCUGCAGAGUUUUGAUCUGAGUUAAAAAUUUUAAACAUAAAUACCUGAAAAACACUGAGGUCAUCCUUUCUGGAAAAGGGACUCUUACCUUGGUGACUCUUAGAGGAAAGAGAAAGAUAAAUCCUAACAUUUCAUCAAAAGUUUUGU